AUGCACAGGCUUUCCAUUCUCGGCCUUCUAGCGGCCUCAACGGCGCUGGCGGCCCACUCCAGAAUUAUAAUAGAGCCGGAAAUCUACAAGAACAGCAUGUACAUAUCUGCUGUGAACUUUAAGCUGCAGAAGUACAUUUCCAACCCUAGAGAGCCAACGGAAAAGUACUCGCAAAACACAGACGUGCACCAGCCCAUCGACCUGGACAGCAUGACGUUCAUCAUGGAAGACAAGUCCAACCUCUACGAAAGCGCCAAGGAAAGCAGCGAGCUAGAGAAGGAAAAGCAAAUAUUCACAUUCCAAAACAAAGCAGGAAACUACAUGACCGGUUUCAAGGACAAGUUCAUUACAAUGGAGCCAAGGCAGCAGAAUAACAUAGAAACCCAGCUAUGGCAUCUUACUCUUAUGACACAGGGAGACUACCACGUGAUAUACUCCAUGGACAGCCCAAACAUGUGCCUUACUCUGGUUCCGCUCGAGUCCAUCACCCGAAAAGACGGGCCUACCAACACUGUGCUAGGGUCUAACCUGAAGCUGUCCCUGUGCAAGCCCGAAAAGCCUGAGCAAAAGUUCAUAAUCCGAAGAAUCCAGCUUUCAGCUGAAGAGCAGUCCUCCGCAAGCGGGACUGGCAAAAUAAAGCCAGGCUCGCCCGCAGAAAACAAAAUAUUCGAAAUGCUUGAUAGAAUGGAUCAGAAGAUUGAUAACCUGAGGCUUCUGGUGCUUGCGCUGGUAAGGUCUGUCUCGCACAUCCAGCAGAUCAUAACCACAGGGAGCGUUGUGCCGGGAGAAGCAACAGACAUUGACAGACUAGACCAAAUUGCCAUGCACCGGCCAAUGCAGGACGGCUUUUCUAGCAUGCAGGGCUCCACAGCAUCCGAAAAACCCUCCCCAGGCCCGUUCCCGCCAAACGGAAACACUUUAAACCCGCUCUCAUCUCCUGACAGGCGCAGUUCUGUUCCUGAGCUGGUGUCGCUCAACUCGAACUACUCAGAUCCAUAUGCUGCGCGUGGAGUAGACAGCCCUGGAUAUGCAGCCAGUCCUGGCAUAAGCCCGUAUACGCAGCCGCUGGUUCCCCGUGGCGCGCCGCUGUCGAACCAGCCGUGGAGGCAGAACUCACUUCUGAAAAGCCCAAACGGCCCGAAUGAUAUACACUCACCAAAUGCGCGAAGUCUCCUGUCUAGCAGCAGAGACCCAAGCACAGUAAGCAUGUACCCAAGGCAUUUAAGCCCAAACAACCCAACUGUGCAAGACUAUGCUAGAGCGAUAUAA